UCAACGAUUGGCUCUCCAUUACAAUUGAUGGGGAAAUAUCGACGCACGUAAACCAGCGAAAAGGGGGAGGCAACAUGGCGGACGAUUUAGCUUACGGUACGGUGCCGGCGUUUUACCGUGAGGUUUACGACAUCGUCUGCCCGAAUCCGUCGGACGGGAAAGUUGAUCAAGAUGUUUUCGUCAAGAUACUCGUGAAGUCCAGUCUGCCGAAACAGACGUUGAGCACGAUAUGGGAAGCAGCGGACAGCAAGCAAGGGUAUUUAACACGGAGCGGUUUGUACAAAGCCCUGGCUCUUGUAGCCUUGGCACAGCAAGGCAAGCCAGUCAGCGAGAAAAUACUGGAGAACUAUGGCAAGGAGGAGCUACCCAAACCUCACCUGGGCGACCUGGGCGAUCUGAGGACCCUGAGUGCCCAGGUGCGCCGGGAGAAGAACCCCAACGUCUUGAGCUACACCUACAAGGACCUGGUGGCCCUGGACUCCAUCACCAUCGACCUGGUGCCGGAGAAGAAAGGCUUGUUGCUUAAACACGUCGAGUAUGAAAUCAAAAGUGAGUGUUUCACGUCUGCAGUGAUGCGACGGUACAGCGACUUUGACUCCUUGUACGAUAUGCUCAUAUCCCGUUAUCCCUACAGAAUGGUGCCUAGACUACCCCCCAAGAAAAUGAUUGGAGCCAAUCGCGAGUUCAUAGAGAGUCGUCGACGGGCCCUGCUACGGUUCCUGACGCUAGUCGUCAGACAUCCCGUGUUCCAUAAGAGUGAUGUCAUCAGGUACUUCCUGACAUUUCAAGGAGCAGACAUGCAACACAGGAUCAGAGAGCAGUUUCGAGGCACCCCAGACGAGUACGUUACCAGCCCGUUGGCCCUAUCGGCCAAGGAGCUUGUCCCCAUGGACACUCAGACGCAGUACAGCAAUGCCCGGGAGCACAUCAAGCGACUGUACAACAGCAUUUACCAGCUCAAGCACAUCGUGGACCAGAUGGCUAUCAGGUCGGCAGCCAGUGCCAGCGAUAUGCUGAUGAUGGCCAAGGAAUGGAACACCCUCGGCAGCGAGAGCCACAUCACCUCCACCUGGGCCAUGGGAGUCAACGAAUCCUGGCCCAAGAUCAAGACGGGACUGAAGGCCAUCUCGGUGGAGUUUGCCGCGCUGUCCGACAAGCACAACGUGCAGGGCAGGAGAGAAGAGAACAACGUCGCAGAGAGGCUGGCCUUAAUACUUGACCUUCUACAAGCUUACAAGGAUCUGGGGGAUCGUCUGGAGAAGGGUCUGCUCAAGGACCACCAGAGCGCCCUGGCCAAGAUGGGAAGCAUCAAGAAGAAGAAGAUGACAGCUACGGUCAAAGGAUCGGACCACGUGGGGGAGGUUGAACAGCUGGAGUCCAGGAUCAUUGAGCAAGAGAGUCAGAUCAUGACGAUGGAGAAUCGCAACUACUUCUCCCUCCACUGCAUCCAGAUGGAAACCCAGCUGGUCCACGCUAACAUUGACAUUCUGGCUGAAGUGGUCCAAGCGCUGUCCAAGACAGAGCUACAGGGGCAUAAAGAGCUGACGCAAGUAUGGGAGGACACCACCACCAAAGUAGACACUCACAUGACAAUGGGAUUGUUAUCAUCGUCAUCUUGACUGUAAACAUCUGACCCCCCACCUAACUGUCAUAAAACAAAGCAAAGACACCCAAGCUAAACACCGGUUCCAACCAGUUCCAGCCAGUACCAUCCAGUGCCAUCCAGUACCAUCCAGUUUUCACACACUGAUGAAAACUUCACGUACAUGUAUCCUCUUGUUCCUGUCAUGCUUAUGUCUCAGUAAAGAAAAGAUAAACCUUUAUUUCCAUACUCAUUACUGUUAUAUUUUUAAUGCUUUGUGUAAAAUAAGAAGUUAGUAUAUUUUUAAUUUGGUUGUCAUUCAAACCUGAAAAGGUUAAAAGAAUUUCAGAUCUGACGAGCUUGAUUGUUCAUGAGAUGCUGUUGGAAUUUGGAUUCCUGGAUGUUUCUCCACAAAUUUUCACUCGAAUUUCCAUGAGAAAAGUGGAGGGGGAAUUUUGUAAGCAAAGAGAAUGUACAUUAAUCAAGUUUUGUUUGUACAGUUCAUGUUGUUAUUCGUCCAAAAGCCAUAUCCUGACCAUUCGAUCACCAAAAGCAUGCUUUAUAUCAUUAUACUUUUAUGAUUUUUUUCAGUAAAUGCAUCUUCAUGAUUUACACAGUCAUACACUGAAUUAUAUUUUUACUGUACAUAUCUCAAAAUGUUGGGUUGGAAAUCUAUGCACCGUUUCAUUUCAGUAAGAGUUGUCUUCGUAAAGUUGCAUCGUUUCUGUACAUGUACUGAUCAAUUCUAUCGAUCCUUAUAUACUUUUGUUGAUUCUGGAAUUGUACACAGUGAAUAUGUGUAUUUCAUGAAGGAUUGCUUUAGUAAGCAAUGUGUUGGUUCAUAGAACAUAUGAGCCAUAGGAAGCGAAUCCAAAGAAAUCACGAGAAUAAUUUAAAAGUGUCCAGAGAUUUAAGCUUCCAGUAUUAUGAAACUGCUGAAGGUUAAAAAACUUGCUCAGGAAAGUAUCUCACUAAAAGCAGGGUGCCAUUGAGCUGGCAUUCAUGUCGUUGGAUUUUGUUGGCUGGUAACCGGCUUUGGGUAAAACAAACCCCUGCAAGUUGGCGGGCUAAGCAAUUUUUCUGUGCUAAGCUGAACUGUGGCACUGGCCCAUGUGAGCAUGGUGGCAGAAUUUCACCAUGAGUUUUUGGGAAGCGUCUCAUACUUGUUUCUUUUCUGACACAAUCGCGCUUGCAGCUGGUCAGCGUGUGGGAGGUCCUACAGCCAAAGUGCAACUCGCUCCGCGGAGGGGAAUCGGCCACGCCCACUACACCGGCCACACCCACCACGCCCACCUCUCCAACCUCGCCAGCGAUCCUCAGUGCUGCAUCGUUCUAAAUAUAGAAACGACUGCAUUUCUAAAUAUAGAAAUACAUUUAGUCCUAAUUAUGGAACUGUAAGACUGUUUGACAACACAGCUACAUCAUGUCAAAGCUUCAUAUCGAGUAUAUUCCAAGUUUUUGGAAUUUUUUGACUAAUUAUGCUAGGGUUUGGGGCAAAUGUUUUUGGAAAAUUUUGAUACUUUUGAAUUUUGCGGAUAUUAUUUGAAUACCAAAAAGAAAUUUUCUGACUGAAACAAUUAAUGGAGACAACCAUCAAAUCCUGUACAUUACCAAUUGCGUUUGCUAAUUUUGUUUAUAUUAUGUUGACAGUCCACCUAAAUGCCAUGUAAUUGGAAAAAUGUUUAUGCUUUAAGUUUGCUUGCCUAAUUAUCGUUGUCUUUUUCUUUCUAGGAUAUGUCUACUUAUUCAUAAUGAUGAUUAACGUCAUUGUGUCAAGUCUAUUCCGAUUUGUUUCCAUUGUUAAAAUAUUACUUUUCAUGCAUUGUACUGUCACCAAAAAUUCUGUUAAUAUGUGUAAGAGUUUAUGGAACUUCUUUGUUAAAUUUAUGGAUGUGCCAUAGACCUUGGCUUAAACUAUGGAACUUUCCGCAAAACUCUUUGAAAAAAAAUAUACCACCUGUCGGGUGUAACUUGAAUUUCUCAUGAUAGGAAAUUGGCACUAUUUUCAGCCUUUUCCUAACUUUUAAUGCGGUACAUUGAGAACCAUAUAUUAUAUGGCCUUUGGUGCUUGAUGUAGGGCGACUACAAGCUUUGUUUCUCCUUUGUUGGAAACAGUUAAAAAGUACUGGGAUAUUUGCCCUGCAGAAGAAAUUCUCUUUCACCCUGAAGAUUUUAACAAAGCCCUUCCCUAAAACUGUCUGAAGUUACAGCUUUUUAUACUUUCUUCGUGUAAGCAAUGUAUUAGUUUCAACAUUCGUGUACAUAAUUUCACUGUGCAUCGAGGCCUAUUUGAAAAUGGUGCGAAGAAAAAGUAUAUCUUUUAAUAUUCAUUCUGUUUAUCAAAAAUUUGCUUAAAGGUAUAUCUAGUUGGUUUAGUUGGUGAUUUGAAAUAUACUUCUAUUAUUUUCUUCUCUACAC